UGGCAGAGGCUGGAGCGAGGCGGCGGGAUGCAGCGCCCCGGGCCCUUCAGCACCCUCUACGGGCGGGUCCUGGCCCCGCUGCCCGGGCGGGCCGGGGGCGCGGCCUCUGGCGGAGGCGGGAACAGCUGGGGCGUUCCGGGUUCCCACGUGCAGUUGCCGGGACGCUCGCAGUUCGGCGCUGGCAGCACAAGUACCGGAGCCAGGGAGGUUAACAGCGUCUGUCCGGGCCCUUCCGCGAUGUCAAAGGCCGAGGAGGCCAAGAAGCGGGCUGGGCGCGCGGCCGUGGAGAACCACGUGAGGAAUAACCAAGUGCUGGGAAUCGGGAGCGGUUCUACAAUUGUCCACGCCGUGCAGCGAAUAGCUGAAAGAGUGAAACAAGAGAAUCUGAACCUCGUCUGUAUUCCCACCUCCUUCCAGUUUACACAUCCUUCUCCCAGUCUUCAGGACAGUCAUAUUCUGGCCCGUCAGCUCAUCCUGCAGCAUGGCUUAACUCUCAGUGACCUGGACCGACACCCAGAGAUCGAUCUUGCCAUCGAUGGUGCUGAUGAAGUUGAUGCUGACCUCAACCUCAUCAAGGGUGGUGGAGGCUGCCUGACCCAGGAGAAGAUUGUGGCCGGCAAUGCCAGUCGCUUCAUCGUGAUUGCUGAUUUCAGGAAAGAUUCAAAGAACCUCGGGGAUCAGUGGCACAAGGGCAUCCCCAUUGAGGUCAUCCCUAUGGCCUAUGUCCCAGUGAGCCGAACUGUUACCCAGAAGUUUGGGGGUGCAAUUGAACUUCGCAUGGCCGUCAACAAGGCAGGUCCUGUGGUGACAGAUAAUGGGAACUUUAUCCUGGACUGGAAGUUUGACCGGGUCCACAAAUGGAGUGAUGUGAACACAGCCAUCAAAAUGAUCCCAGGCGUGGUGGACACCGGGCUGUUCAUCAACAUGGCGGAGAGAGUCUACUUUGGGAUGCAGGACGGCUCCGUGAACAUGAGGGAGAAGCCAUUCUGAACGGGUCCUGCAGGAGCGGAGUGUGUUCCUCUCGUGUCCCCAGCCCACCGCCAAGGUGGCUGCGCCUCUCUGAGCCUUUGCCUUAAUGUAUCUGCCAGGGGGACAGCUUGGCAGGGUGAGGGGUUGAGGGUUAAAUCUAGUCUUCUGAAGUAUUGUUAUUAAAUGUCUUUUUAAAAAGAGAGAUAUAAACAUAUAUAUAUUUUUACUAUUAAAAAUGCUCAGUUUUUUUUUAAAUAAAGUGGAACUUGAUUUCAUGUUUUAUAUGAAACAUUUACCAAAAAAAAAAAAAAAAAAAAAAAGGACUGUCUUUUAAACUUUUAACUUGAGCCUGCUGGUUAAGCUUCUGAAUAUUGGGUUUGCUGAGGAAUAUAAGUCAAACUUUUCUUCAGACUGGUGAAAUGAAGGGCACAGCCAGCAGCGAUUCCCUGAUGCCUUACUGGAAACAUGGAGUUUGUUUACUUUUCUACCACACUGUUUUGUUUUUUAGUUUUUGUUGCAAUUACGCACAAUACGUAGUUCUGUGUUCUAAGAGGUGAACUAUAAAAAUAUAAAAGUCUGGCAAGUAUAGGGUGUGGUGUGUGAUGACUCAGAAUCUGUAAACUACCAGAGGGAGGAUGUGGGAGUUCUUCAGCUGAGGUCAUGGGUUCAUUCAGACCAUUUGUGUUGAAACCAUUGAAUAGAAAUACUUGCCAGAACUGCCAAAGCACUGCUGUGAAGCACCUUUCAAUGACUGUCCUUUUGUUGUGAAUAUUUUUUUCGUUCCUUUAUUGUUCCUUUGCAUGGUUUGGCAUCAGAAGUUGUUACCUCUUUAUAUUGUUUGAAGGUUGAAAUAAAACAGUAUGGUGCCAUUUUG